CAGAGAAACAUAGGACCAUCACUCAGUCAGAGAAACAUAGGACCAUCACUCAGUCAGAGAAACAUAGGACCAUCACUCAGUCAGAGAAACAUAGGACCAUCACUCAGACAGAGAAACAUAGGACCAUCGCUCAGACAGAGAAACGCAGGACCAUCACUCAGACAGAUAAACAUAGGACCAUCGCUCAGACAGAUAAACACAGGACCAUCGCUCAGACAGAGAAACGCAGGACCAUCACUCAGACAGAGAAACACAGGACCAUCACUCAGACAGAGAAACACAGGACCAUCGCUCAGACAGAGAAACGCAGGACCAUCACUCAGACAGAUAAACACAGGACCAUCACUCAGACAGAGAAACACAGGACCAUCACUCAGACAGAUAAACACAGGACCAUCACUCAGACAGAGAAACACAGGGAAAGAGUUAGAGACAAAGAGCUGACCAUGGAGAAGGACAAGCAGGGAACCAUAACACAUAGAAACCCACAACAUGGAUAUGGGCCUGGGCAUCGGCACGGGAUGGAGCAGAUCCAGUUUGCGGAGGAUAAACAGGAGUUUCAGAAGUACCCCACUAAGGCCGGCCGGCGCUCCCUGUCUCGCUCCAUCUCCCAGUCCUCCACAGAUAGCUACAGCUCAGCUGCGUCCUACUCAGACAGCUCAGAUGACGAGACCUCUCCUCGGGACAAGGCCCAGGCCAACUCCAAGGGCAGCAGCGACUUCUGCGUUAAGAACGUCAAACAGGCAGAGUUCGGCAGACGGGAGAUCGAGAUCGCAGAGCAAGAUAUGUCAGCCCUGAUCUCGCUGAGGAAGAGAGCCCAGGGGGAGAAGCCUCUAGCUGGGGCGAAGAUAGUGGGCUGCACCCACAUAACAGCUCAGACUGCAGUUCUGAUAGAGACCCUGGUAGCUCUUGGAGCUCAGUGUCGUUGGACAGCCUGUAACAUCUACUCUACUCAGAACGAGGUGGCUGCUGCCCUGGCAGAGAGUGGUGUGCCUGUGUUUGCGUGGAAGGGCGAGUCAGAGGAUGACUUUUGGUGGUGCAUCGACCGCUGUGUCAACACAGAAGGCUGGCAGGCCAACAUGAUCUUGGAUGACGGAGGGGAUCUGACCCACUGGGUUUAUAAGAAGUACCCCAGCGUGUUUAAGAAGGCUCAGGGCAUCGUGGAGGAGAGUGUCACUGGAGUCCACAGGUUGUACCAGCUGUCCAAGGCAGGCAAGCUGUGUGUCCCGGCCAUGAAUGUGAACGAUUCUGUUACCAAGCAGAAGUUUGAUAACCUCUAUUGCUGCAGAGAGUCCAUCCUGGACGGUUUGAAGAGGACCACUGAUGUGAUGUUUGGGGGGAAACAGGUCGUGGUGUGUGGUUAUGGAGAGGUGGGGAAGGGUUGCUGUUCUGCUCUGAAGGCCCUGGGAGCCAUCGUCUGCAUCACAGAGAUAGACCCCAUCUGCGCCCUGCAGGGCUGCAUGGAUGGGUUCAGGGUGGUGAAGCUGAAUGAAGUCAUUCGGCAGAUGGACCUGGUGAUAACCUGCACAGGCAAUAAGAACGUGGUGACCAGAGAGCAGCUGGACCGGAUGAAGAAUGGCUGUAUAGUCUGCAACAUGGGACAUUCCAAUACCGAGAUUGAUGUGGCCAGCCUGCGGAGCCCGGAGCUCACCUGGGAGAGGGUGCGUUCUCAGGUGGACCAUGUGAUCUGGCCCGACGGCAAGAGGGUUGUCCUGCUGGCUGAGGGUCGUCUUUUGAAUCUGAGCUGUUCUACAGUGCCUACGUUUGUUCUGUCUAUCACAGCCACUACUCAGGCUCUGGCUCUGAUUGAACUGUUCAAUGCUCCUGAGGGACGCUACAAACAGGAUGUCUAUCUGCUGCCUAAGAAGAUGGAUGAGUAUGUGGCCAGCUUGCAUCUGUCCAAUUUUGACGCCCACCUGACAGAGUUGUCUGAUGAGCAGGCGAAGUACAUGGGUCUGAACAAGAACGGCCCCUUCAAACCCAACUACUACAGGUAUUGACAGGAAUGGACAAUGCGGGGACCUGCAACCAACAUCUGAGGGAGAGAAGAAAAAAACAAGAUUAAUUCUCUAUUUUAUUUUCUAAAUUGUUACAAAAGGGAAAGAAUAAUUAUUUUGCUUUUAUGCCGAAUCUCAACUGUAUUAUUAACACUGUCGGGCAUAAUAAUAAUAGAAUAUCUAACUUGUCUGUUAGGUAUAUGAAUCAAUUCAUGCAUUUCAAUCAUCUGAAACAAGAGCAGAAACCAAUAUGUAUGUUCCAAAUGGCACCCUAUUCCCUAUAUAGUGCACUACUUUAGACCAGAGCCCUAUUCCCUAUAUAGUGCACUACUUCAGACCAGAGCCCUAUUCCCUAUAUAGUGCACUACUUCAGACCAGAG